AUAAUAUUUAUGUACGAGCAUAUCUCGAGGAUCCAUCGGCGCUGGCUCAAUUUCAACAACUCUCUCCUCAGUGGCUCAGUCCUCACUCCCGCUCAAUAGUGUUUGGUUUUCCCCUCUGCUUCUAAAGUAUUUCAGUGACUUAGAACAAUGCUCGCAUUGCAUCGAUCAGUGCACUCUGUUGCUGCAACAUCUCCCGAACUUCACACUCUACUCUACAAAAUCCCAACUAAUUACUCACAUUAUCUUCCUCUUCUUUCUUCUUGCAAAAGUUUAAGUUCCCUUUUCAGAAUUCAUGCCCGUUUAAUAGUAUUGGGCAUGACCCAUUGCAAUUCAAUUAUUACCCAUGUGAUAAACUCCUAUUCUUCGUUUCAGAAAUGCAAUUCUGCUAGGUUGGUUUUUGAUUCAGUACCUAAUCCAUGUGUGAUCGUAUAUAACUCCAUGAUUAGAGCUUAUUCGAGGUCGGGUCGACACGAUGAAGCAUUAAAAUUGUACCAUGUAAUGUUGGAUGGAAACUUGGAGCCUAAUAAAUAUACUUAUACUUUUGUGCUCAAAGCCUGUGCUGGUAAAUUUGAUUUUCAGACGGGUGUUCGAAUUCAUGAUGAUGUGGUUAGGAGGAAUUUGGAGUUGGAUUUGUAUAUUUCUACAGGAUUGGUUGAUAUGUAUUGUAAAAUGGGUCGACUUGACGAUGCACGGAAGGUGUUCGGUAAAAUGCCUAAGACGGAUAUUGUUUCUUGGAAUGCUAUGAUUGCUGGACUUUCAGAGGGUGGAGAUCCUGAUGAAGGAUUGGGUGUUUUCAGGGCAAUGCAACUAGGUGGGCUUGUACCGAAUUCGGUUACCUUGUUGAAUUUGUUUCCUUCUGUUUGUAAAUUGGAGAAUUUUAUGUUAUGUAGGUCAAUUCAUGGUUUUAUAACCAGGAGGAGUUUCGAGUUAAAAGUUUACAAUGGAUUGAUUGAUACAUAUUCUAAGUGUGGAUUUGUGGAAGAUGCUCGCUCGGUUUUUGAUCAGUUGUAUAGUAAGGAUCAUGUGUCAUGGGGAACAAUGAUGGCUUGUUAUGCUCAUAAUGGAUACUUUUGUCAAGUCCUGGAGCUAUUUGAUGAACUGAAGGGUAAAAGUUCAGUGAUGAAUAAGAUAUCGGUUGUUAGUUCGUCUUUAGCUGCUUCUGAGUUGAGAGAUUUGAAGAAAGGGAAGGAGAUUCAUAAUUGUGCAAUUCAAUAUUGUAUUGACUCGGAUACUAUGGUUGCUACUUCUCUGAUGACAAUGUAUGUUAAAUGUGGAGAAUUGGAUAAAGCUAAUCAACUGUUCAGAGGGCUUAAGGAAAAAGAUAUGAUUGCUUGGUCUGCCUUGAUAGCUGCACUUGUACAAAGUGGGUUCCCUAAAGAAGCAGCAUCUCUAUUUCGUGAAAUGGUGCAUGAGAAGUUAAAACCAAGUAGUGUAACUCUGAUGAGUAUCUUACCCGCUUGCACAGAGCUUUCAUCGGGGGAGCUAGGAAAAAGCAUUCACUGCUAUUGUCUUAGAGCGGGUUUGGAUUCAGAAGUUGCGAUUGGGAACGCCCUUGUCUCAACGUACGCUAAACGGGGUUUGUUCGCUCAGGCAUUGAUUAUCUUUUCUAGAAUGCCAUCCAAAAAUGUAGUUUCGUUCAAUACGCUCAUAAGUGGAUAUUCUCAAAGUGGCAACACAUAUGAAGUGAUGACAAUGUUCCAUGAAUUACUAUCAUCAGGGUUGAGGCCUGAUUCUGAAACUAUGGUAGGUGUGAUCCCUGCUUGUGCACUUUCCCAAGAUCUAGAACACGGGACAUGUAUACAUGGCCUAAUUAUAAAAGGCGGAUUUGCAUCUGAGUGCCAUGUAAAGAAUGCUCUGAUUGACAUGUAUGCCAAGUGCAGCAGGCUAUGCUUGGCUGAGACAUUAUUUAAUGAAUUUGACUUCAUCAAAGAUGAAGUUACUUGGAAUGCCAUGAUUUCUGGUUAUGUACAUAAUAGAAGGUCCAAAGAAGCUUUGUCUGCCUUUUGUCAAAUGAAAGCCGUAGGACUACAACCUUCUGCAGUUUCUGUGGUAAGCGUUAUUCCUGCAGCAGCAGACCUAAGUGCUCUCGCUGAAGGUAUGGCACUCCAUGCCUGUACAAUACGAAUGGGUUUUCAGUCAAAUACAUACAUCAGUAAUAGUCUUAUUGAUAUGUAUGCUAAAUGCGGGCACUUUGAUUGUUCAGAGAAAUAUUUUGAUGAGAUGAAAAAUAGAGAUACAAUAACAUGGAAUACAAUGCUUGCUGGAUAUGCAGUUCAUGGGCAUGCAACGCGUGCUAUUGAACUUUUUGUACUGAUGCAAGGUGAUAACGUGAAGCUUGAUUCAGUGACUUUUCUGAGUGUCUUGUCAGCAUGCAGACAUGGUGGUUUGGUAGAAGAAGCGAGAAAAAUAUUCAACUCCAUGCAUGAUAAGUUCAAUCUUAAACCUAAGUUAGAACACUAUGCUUGCAUGGUUGAUUUGUUAGGCCGUGUUGGUCUUUUUAGUGAAAUCAUGAACCUUGUCAAUAAUAUGCCUUUAGAACCUGACGCUGCUGUUUGGGGAGCCUUAUUGGGUGCAUGUAGAAUGCAUUCUAAUUCAGACUUGGCAGAAAUGGCAUUAAACAAGUUGGUGAAUCUUGAGCCUGGGAAUCCGGCACAUUAUAUUGGUCUAUCCAAUAUAUAUGCUCAAUCUGGUAGAUGGAUUGACGCUAGAAACAUGAGGUUAAAGCAAACUGAUGCUGGGCUAAAGAAAUUCCCAGGGUGCAGUUGGGUUUAGGUCAAGAAAACAUGAAUAUAUAUUUGGGUAGUUUUCAUGAAGUUGGCAGCUCUGAUGGAAGCAUGUAACAAAGUUUCGAGUUCACUUCCUCUAUCCAAUUAGUGAGAAAGUGAGGAGCUUCAACAUGGCUGCUUGAUUUUCUGUCAUCGGUGAAUUGGCGACCACUCUCAAGAAUCAGAACAACAAGAUGUAUGCACAAGCUAGCAAAUGUAUUUUUGCAACUGAUAAAAUAGAGUAUUUGGGGCAUUUCAUCUCAGCUCAAGGAGUGAAACUGAUCCAAGGAAAAUUUCAGCCAUUGCUAGCUCGGCUAUUCCUAAUUCAUUGAAAGAAUUAAGAAGCUUCCUUGGUCUUUGCGGAUAUUAUAGGAAAUUUGUGAGGAAUUAUGCUAUCAUUAGCAAAGAGUUGACUAAUCUUCUCAAGAAGGGAGCUUUUAAAUGGAAUGAGAAAGCUCAAGUAUCCUUUGAAGCACUGAAAUCUGGGCUGUUCCUGAUAUUUCUAAGUCUUUUGUGCUUGAAACAGAUGCAUCUAAGUUUGGCAUUGGUGCAACUCUAAUGCAUGAUAAUCAUCCUCUGGCUUUUAUUUAGUAGAUCUUUGGGUCCUAAGUGGUAAAAGUUAACAGUUUAUGAUAAAGAGAAAGAACUGCUAGCUAUUGUUUUCUAUGUACAAAAAUGGGAACAAUACUUGAUUGCUGGGCAUUUUAUCAUGACCCAAAGAGCUUGAAAUGGCUCUUACAACAGAAGAUUUCUAUUCCUUUCCAACAGGUUUAGUUGUCAAAACUUAUGGGAUUUUACUAUAUAGCUGCUGAUGCUCUUUCUAGGUGGAGAAGUUCUGUUAAUGGCAAUUUCAGUCACUGCCGCAGAUUUCAACACUCAACAUAACUUGGCUCAGCUACAAGAUAAUGUAAGUGUUCCCAGCUUCAGCAUUCAAGAUGGUUUACUUAGAAGAAAAAACAGAAUUGUAAUUAGCAAAGAUGAUAAUUUGGCAACAUGCUUCUCCUGAGAGUGGACUAACGCACAAAUGUUACAUUGAAGAAGCUGAAUAGCUUAUUUUAUUGGUAAGGCAUGACUAAGGAUGCUAGACAUUUUGUCAGAAGAUGUCCUAUAUGCCAAGUUUCUAAGUAUGAUAAUUCUGCCAAACCACAAGGAUAUCUCCAUGGAUUUUAUUGGUGGCUUACCUAAAUCCAAUGGUAAGGAUAUGAUAUAUGUAGUGGUAGAUCGUUUCAGUAAAGCUGCCGAUUUUAUGCCUCUCCCAAAUCCAUACACAAGUAGCUCAAGACCAUGUUUUGUGCAUGGUUGACCAAGAACAAUGGUUAGUGAUAAGGAUGUCGUUUUCCUUAGUCAAUUUUGGAAGGGACUCUUUCCUUUUCAUGGCACUAAAUUUCUCUUAUCUUCUACCUACCAUCUUGAGGCUGAUGGAAAAACAAAGGUAUUGAAUAGGUGUUUGGAAAUCUAUCUCAGAUGCAUGUGUGGAGAAUAACCUAAGGAGUGGUCUUUUUGGUUACCUUUAGCUGAGUGGUGGUACAACACUCACUUUCAUUUAGCUUUACAAUUAACCCCUUAUGAAGUGGUUUACAACCAACCACCACCCCUUCAUCUGCCAUAUCUCUCACGAGAAUCUUCCGUUGAAGCAGUGGAUAGAAGCAUGAUUAGGAGGGAACACAUGCUAGCUAUGGUAAUAAUUCAUAUGACUAGAGCAUAGUGUAGAAUGAAAUUUCAAUUUGGUAAGCAUAGGACAGACAAAAACUUUGAGGUUGGAGCAUGGAAUUUGCUUAAACUACAACCUCACAGACAACACUCAGUUCAAACAAGAACUAAUCACAAGUUGUCUCCCAAGUAUUAUGGGCCAUUUCAAGUCCAAACCAAGAUUGGAAACGUGGUCUACAAACUUCAACUCCCUCUGAGAAUUCUGAGAUACAUGAUGUCUUCCAUGUCUCUCAAUUGAAGAAAUUCCAAGGUUCUCUUCCUAUAGCCGCUCAGAUUCCAGUAUGAUUACAAGGAUAAGGUGAUGCUGUCUUGAUUCAACCAACAACUAUAUUGGAUAGAAGGGUAGCCGCUCAUGUCCAAUAUCUGAUUCAGUGGGAAGGUUGUCCAAUUGAAGCUAGUUGGGAGUAUGCUACAGAUUUUGAAAAAAGACCCUCAUUUUGAUUGUACUAUGUCAAGUCUUUUUUAAGGGAGGGUGGUAUGAUAGGGGUUAAUUAGCCUUAUACUUGUAUUUGAUAUUUUGGCGGGUAUAUCAGUUUUAGCCUUCCUUAUAUUAAGGGAAUCAUGUAACUGUUUGUUUGUUAAAAGUGGUUCAGCUGUAAUUGUCAUCUAAUUAACUAUUGAUUGAGUUAUAAAUAGCUGGAGUUUAUAAUAUAAUAAUCAUUCAGAAAAUAAACACUUAUUCUUUCUUUCUCAUCUCAUAUUCUAUAUUUCUCUUUCUCUUAUUUAUUCUCAUAUCAUAAUUCAUAGAAUUUUAUUAACAUUCCAAGUAUUACAUGAAGGGUUUCCCUUAACAAAUCCUCAACUCAUCCAAAAAUAGGGCCGACCCAUUUUCAAAAUCUACCUUAUGAGACAACCCAUUUGCUUUAUUGGUUGUUUCUUGAAGAGUGAGAAUGGCAAACCAUUUGCCGUCCUUUUGUCGACGAAAGCGUUUUGGGUUUCUCGAAUGCCUUUGUCUGAAUUGCUAGUUGCUCUAAUUUGUGUUUUGAGCUUGAAUUUGUUUGGAAAAUGGGAGGGAAAUUCACGUUGGGCUUAGGAAAGAGGAAGAGGGAACAAAAAUCAAUAACUUUUUUAGCUUUUUUGGUUUCAAUGUUUUGCGGUUCAGACUGUGACCUUUCAUAUCUAUUUAUAAUUCUUACUUCAUGAGAUUUUCUGAGAGUUGGUAAACCUAAGUUAAGGGGUUGAUUUUUUCCAAUUAUCCUUGUAAGGGAAAAAAUGAAUAAAUCUUAAAUCACUUAUUGCAUUCUCAAAUUGUAGAGGAACUCUUGAACUCGGGACAAGCCUCUUUUCUCAGUAAUGGUUCUAAAUAAUUCUUCGACCUAGAUGCUCAUUGCAUCUCCAUUAUGUGAUGUAGAGACCAAAAAUGAAAUGGAUAUAACAAAAUUAUGCUUCUAAAGAGCAAAUUUACUGUAAUCUUUUAUUUUCCUUAGCUUAAGUAAUGUGCUCAUGACUCUGUAGAUGGGUUUACAUAUAUAUAAGCUAAGGUGUCAUAUCUGGUGUAAUGGUCAUACUUCUUGAACUUCUAGCUUCAUAUAAGGUUUUUUCUCUAUGGGUUUGUGUUAUCAUUUUUUUCUUUCUUUUUUAUUCAAUUUUUCUUUCUUCUGCUUCCAAGGUAGUGGUUCAUUUGUCAAUUUUAUAUCAAGGUACUUUAUCAGUUGAUCUCUUUCUAAGUUUCUUCAAUGUAAUUGCUUCAUUUAUGAUUCACACAUUGUCUGUCGAGAAGUUUGGUUGGUGUAUGUACACUGAAAUAUCGAGUGAUUGUACAACUGAGCAACUUUUAGCAUGAAAUAGGAAGUAGAUUCGUUUAGUAGUUGCUUUUUUGAAUUUAAUCUAGUGAGUUUCUUUUUCUUUUGUAGAUUUUUUUGUAGGCAUGUCUAUGGCCAUAUUGUAAUAUUCAAUUCUGGUUCUACAAUUUAAGAAAGAAGUGACUCUAUUUUGAAAAAUGUCCAAUCACUGUUACCUUAUCCCAUGAGCAAUAUUGCUAUUUGCUAUUUAUUGAAGACAAUUAAACUUGACAAAUCUAAUAAUAGUAAGUUGAUAAAUAAGAUCUUUUUCUUUUCUAGAUUUUUUGUAGGCAUGUUUAGGGCCAAAUUGCAAUAUUCGAUUCUGAUUAUACAGUUUAAGAAACGAGCGGCUCAAUUUUAGGAAAUGUCCAAUUUCUUUUACCUUAUCCCAUGAGCAAUAUUGCUACUUAUUGAAAACAACUAAACUUGACAAAUCUAAUAAUAGUAAGUUGAUAAAUAAGCAAAAAAUAGUAUAACUAUUUUGUCAGAUAAUGAGAGAGACUUUAGUAGCGAUAAGUAGGGAAUAUGUUACAUAAUAUAAAGAGAAAUUUCCUGAAGUACCCUCUUGAGGUUUGGCGUAAUUGCCAAAUUACCCCUCACAUUUGGGGAAUUCUUCAGAUACCCCCAUAAGGUUUGUGUUUGGGUCUAAAAUAUCCUUACUAUGGAUGGAACCCUAACACCAUUAGGUUAUCCUCUCUCUCUCUCCACCCAUCAUUCUCCAUUGUUGAACCUGCAAGCUUUCUCUCUCCUCUCCAUCUUCAUCUUCUUCAUCUCUCCUCCCAUCUUCUUCACCACUCAUCUCCUCUUCGACCACAGCACUACCCCACCUUACCGCCACCCACCCAGCCUCGACUCCACCUCACUGCCAACCUAACUCCCCUUCGAAUUCUACAGCCCUUACCCUUCCCCCACCUCCUUCGAAUUCCGCAGCC